UUUGCUCCUCAACUGUUGUUUGUCAACACUCACAAACACAAAGACACAAAAAACUAUUCAAAAUUAAAUUCAAUGGUAUUCAACAUCAAGCCAGACGUCUGCAUGUAUCCCAAUGGAUGCGAACCUUCAUCUCCCAACUGCGAUGUUUCUGCCACAGAAAUCAUCAUAGAAUUCAAAUGGUCACCCUCCCACAAUGCAUUCCGUCACCCUGGAGCUGAUACCCUCAUGUCCCAGACAGAGAAGGGUAUGGACACCCUGGGACAAAUAAUGUGUUAUUCUGCAGCUCAGCUCAACACCCAGUUCCAUACCCAUGUAUUCUCUGUCUUCAUCAUGUGUGGUUGUGCUUGGAUCAUCAGAUGGGAUAGGGAGGGGGCUAUCAUCACCAGCGCCAUUGACUACAAUAACAAGCCAGACUUGGCCGAUUUUUUCCAUCAUUAC